AUGGGUAAAGCUGAAGCAUUAACACCAAAAGCAAUCGCAAAUAAAAUUAAAGCCAAAGGUUUACAAAAAUUAAGAUGGUAUUGUCAGUUAUGUCAAAAACAAUGUCGUGACGAAAAUGGUUUUAAGUGCCAUAUUGAUUCUGAAGGUCAUCAAAGACAAAUGGAAGUUUUUUCAGGUAGAUCUAAUUUUAUUGUUGACCAAUACUCUAAAGAAUUUGAAGAGGAUUUUAUAAGAUUAUUAUCUAGACAAUAUUUAAACUCAAAGGUAUCAGCAAAUCAGGUUUAUUCAGAUUAUAUUAAAGAUAGACAUCAUGUUCAUAUGAACUCUACACAAUGGACUACAUUAUCAGAGUUUGUAAAAUACUUGGGCAAAACAAGUAAAUGUAUAGUAGAGGAAACACCCAAAGGAUGGCUUAUUUCUUAUAUAAAUAGAGAUCCAGCAUAUAUAAACAAAAAAGAAAAUGAAGAAAAGAAAGAGAAAAUGGAAAUUCUUGAAGAAGAAAGACAAAAAAUUGAAAUUGAAAAAAGAUUAAAAGAAUUAAACAAGUUUGAUACAUUAGAUGAAGAAAAGAUUAAACCUUCUGAACUAACUCAAGAGGAUAAAGAACAAUUAGCAAAUAUAGGUUUAACUUUAAAAACAAACUCUUCAAAAUUAGCAUACGAUAAAAAUAUAUUUGUUAGCACUAGCAGCAGCACCAACGAUAGCAAAAAGAUAAGUAAUGACGAAACCAAUCCAAAACCAUAUGCAAAGAAAUUAACAGCAAUGGAGGAAAUAAUGUUAAAAGAAAAAGAAAAACAAGAGUUUCAAAAAAGAAAAGACCAAGAAAAACACCAAAACACUACAACUACUACAUCAACCUCAACUACAAAUACAUCGAAAAAAGAAGUACCAUGGAUUAUUAAAGAUAUCGUUGUUAAAAUUGUCGAUAAACAAUUAUCAGAUGGAAAAUACUAUAAAAAGAAAGGGUACAUCAUGUCAGUGGAAAAUGAAUUUUUAGCCAGAGUUAAACUUUUAGAUACCUCAGAUAUUUUAAAAAUUGAUCAAAUAUUUUUAGAAACAGUUAUCCCACAGGUCGGCAGCGAGGUAAUGGUAUUAAAUGGAAAAUAUAGAGGCAAAGUUGCUUCAAUGAAGGAUGUCAAUUUCGAAAAGUUUAAUGCAACUUUAAAACUAUCAGAUGGAACAACCCUCACUUUACCUUAUGAAGAUUUCAGCAAACUAUAUUAA